AUGGUUCCUCUUAAGUGUAUCAGAGAGUUAAAGGUUGGGUUCUACGAUGCUACGUGUCCAAAAGCGGAAUCAAUCGUUAACCAAAUAGUGCAAAAACGAUUCACGUCUGACCCGUCCAUUGUACCCGCUUUACUUCGCAUGCAUUUUCAUGAUUGCUUUGUUAGAGGUUGUGAUGCAUCUAUCUUGAUUGACUCAACCAAAGAAAAGCAAUCAGAAAAAGAUGCAGGACCGAAUCAAACUGUGCGUGGAUUUGAGCUCAUUGACGAGGCUAAGGCAGCCUUAGAGGCUCGAUGCCCUUCAAUUGUCUCAUGUGCAGACAUCAUAACACUUGCAACACGAGAUGCUGUGGUUUUAGCUGGAGGUCCUAAAUACACAAUCCCGACAGGAAGACGUGACGGUUUGACUUCUGAUAUUAAUGAAGUAAAUUUACCAGGACCACAAUUUAGUGUGUCUCAGGCAUUACAAUCUUUUACCGAUAAAAAAUUAAAUCUCAAUGAAAUGGUGACACUAUUAGGUGCACAUACAGUUGGUGUCUCUCAUUGCAGUUUCUUUCAAGACCGACUUUCUAAUUUCCAAGGCACUGGACAACCUAAUCCUUCAAUGGACCCUACUUUAGCUGCCAAGCUGAGCAAGACUUGCAGCUCUGACACCUCAUCUGGAAGGGACCCUACUGUAUUUUUGGACCAAAAUACAUCAUCUAUUUUUGAUAACCAAUUUUAUAAGCAGAUUGUUUUAAAGAAAGGGAUAUUGCAGAUUGAUCAAGAGCUUGCCAUGGAUCAAUCUACUAGGAAUAUUGUCUUGAGUUUCGCAUCAAACGACGUUAGAUUCAAACAAAGUUUUGCAAAUGCUAUGGUGAAAAUGGGAACUAUUGAUGUUCUUGUGGGUAAUGCUGGUGAAAUUAGACAAAAUUGUAGAGUUUUUAAUAAAGUAGCAAAACCAUCAACACCACCUCCCAAGGGUCAACAAUUCACACCACCAUCAACUCAACCCACCAAGCCACCGCCAUCAACUCCAUCCACCAAGCCAUCACCAUCAAUUCCACCUUCUAAGCCACAACCAUCCACCCCAUCUGCUAAGCCAAAACCACAAGUUCCACCUUCUAAGCCGCCACCAUCAACCCCGCCUGCCAAACCAAAACCACAAAGCCCACAUUCCAAGCCGCCAGCAUCAAUCCCAAUCACCAAACCAAAAUCAGUGAAGCCAAAGAAUAAAAAGAAACCAUCGAAACCAAAAGAUAAGAAGAAACCACCAAAGCCAAAAGAUAAGAAAAAAUCAUCAAAAUCAAAGUCAUCUAAACCCAAACACAGAAAAUGA